AUGACAUUACUGGAUGAACAAGUAUGUAGUUGAUCCCCACCUUUGCUUAACUUUUGGAAAAACAAGCCAUUUACUAACUUUAUUUCCGCCCCUUUACGUUCCAGGUCAAAUCUGAGCUCACCAAGAUGCAAGCCUUCAUCGAGAAGGAAGCCAAGGAGAAAGCCAAAGAGAUCAAGUUGAAAGCAGACGAAGAGUACGAGAUUGAAAAAGCCUCGACCGUAAGAUUGGAAACCGCUGCAAUCGACGCUACAUACGAACAGAAGUUGAAAAAGGCCAGCUUGGCGCAACAAAUCACCAAGUCGACCAUCGGCAACAAGACGAGAUUGAGGAUCCUUGGUGAGAAGGACCAAGUGUUGAACGAGGUGUUUGACGACGCCGAGAAGCAAUUGAAGGAGAUCACUCUGGACAAGGAAAAAUACAAGCCCAUCUUGGCGGGGUUGAUCGAAGAAGGAAUCUUGGCUUUGCUCGAAGAAAAAGUCACCAUCAGGGUCAGGGAACAGGACGUCCAGUUGGCGAAGGAGGCCUCCGUGGAAGCGGCUAAGAACUUUGAGGACAAGUCGAAGAUCAAGGUUGAGAUUGCUGUCGAUGAUCACCAGUUCUUGUCGAAGGAUAUCGCGGGCGGUGUCGUGGUUGUCAAUGGCACGGGCAAGAUCGAGGUCGACAAUACCUUGGAGGAGAGAUUGAAGAUCUUGUCCGAGGAGGCGUUGCCUGCUCUUAGGCUAGAACUAUUUGGUCCUUCGCAAACUAGAAAAUUCUUUGACUAG